GCUACAGUCUCAUUCCUGCGCACAGAGGCAGCAUCCAGCAGCAUGGCUCUCCGCUACUGCCAAGUCAUAUUUGCGGCCGUGCUGCUGCUUCUGGCAUUAGUCGGGAUUCUGCUGGUGGUCCUACCGGCUAAAGAGAUUGAGAUGCCUCCUGAAGACAUGUAUGGAAUCGUUCUAGAUGCAGGCUCGUCCCACACCUCCAUGUACAUCUACAAAUGGCCAGCUGACAAGCAAAAUGGCACUGGUAUUGUUACCCAGCACAGCGAGUGUCAUGCCAAAGGUGGAGGGAUAUCCAGCUAUGCAGGUGUUCCUGGUGGUGCAGCAAGAAGUCUGAAGUCCUGUCUGGAUCAAGCCGUGAAGGAUGUCCCAAAAUUCCGGCACCACCAAACUCCACUCUAUCUGGGAGCGACUGCAGGCAUGAGGCUCUUGAACAUAGUCAAUGCCACAGAGUCGCAGCAGGUGCUGAAGGAAGUGGCAAACAAACUGCGGUCUUACCCUUUCAAAUUCAAAGAGGCAGUCAUCCUGAGUGGACAGGAGGAGGGGGCCUAUGGCUGGGUCACAGUCAACUACUUACUUGAAAACUUUGUCAAGUAUGGUUUUGUUGGGCGUUGGCUGAAUCCAGGCAGAGAUACAAUUGGAGCUUUGGAUUUAGGUGGAGCUUCCACUCAGAUUACUUUUGAAACCUCGGAAGAGGUGGAGGAGAAGGAUAAUGCGAAGGAACUGAAACUUUAUGGACAAACCUUCAGACUGUACACCCAGAGCUUCCUGUGCUACGGCCAAGACCAGUUCCUGAGGAAACUGCUGGCUCAUCUUAUCAAGACUCAAGGUGUAAAGGCCGAAGUGUCCCACCCCUGCUAUCCACAACAGUACAGCAUGUCUAUCAAGCUGGGGGAGGAUGUCUUUGAUUCUCCGUGUACUAAGAGCUACAGACCAGCCAAGUGGAACCCCCAGAUGUCUAUAUUAGUAGUGGGCACAGGAGACUACCAGAACUGCCUGAAAAAUGUAGAAGAGAUGUUCUCCUUUAAAAACUGCAAUUACUCCAGGUGCUCCUUUGAUGGAGUCUUCCAGCCCCCUGUGAAAGGAAGCUUCAUGGCAUUCUCUGCCUUCUUCUUCACUCACAGCUACAUCAACCGCCUCACCAACAUCACCAUCACAUCCCCCAGUCGACUGAAGGACGCAAUCCGACUUGUCUGCAACAUGACCAUCUCUGAAAUGACUGAAAAGACAAAACAGCCUGGGAAAUACAUGAAGAAUGUCUGCGCUGUCUCCAAUUUCGUCCAUGUCCUCUUAAUGAAGGGCUACCGUUUCGAUAAUGACUCCCUUCCUUCCAUCUCUUUUCAGAAAACGGCAGGAGGAGCGUCUGUAGGCUGGGCUUUGGGGUACAUGCUGAAUCUGAGUAACAUGAUACCUGCAGAGAGACUAGAACUGAUGAAGGCUCUGCCCCCAAGGUUCUGGGCUGGCAUUCUCUUCCUCUUUAUCGUCCUCCUCCUCAUUGCACUGGGAUACCUUCUGUUGACCUACAAGAAACAAAAAGCUAGGGAAGGCGUGAUGUAAGGGCAAGAGUGACACACCUCCCAGUCAAUCCCAAUUUAUAGUCCUCUUAGAGUGUGCACAUGUGCAUCUAAAACAUUCCAUAUCCGUUGAAAAAGAAUACAAGAACAUUUUAGAUUUCUUGUUGCACUUGAAGUGAAAUCGACAAGACAGUGCAAUGUGUCCUGCACAAUUUUCUUUUCUUUUUUAUGUUUCAUUUUCAUUAUGUAAUAUUACACCCACUUACAACAACCACA